AUGAAGAAGCGUCGCCUAACCAGCUCAGCUGGAGACCCAGAUGGGCAUGGAUAUGGAUAUGGACUCGAGCGGCGGAUCGCAUCUCGCUUUGGCUUCCGCAUUGCGUCGCGAAGAGGGGCACGCGUUUGCCACGCGGCGCGGCUCCUCAAAGAUUGGCAGCCCCUGUUGGCGCUAAUUGCUGGACUCGGAAUGAUCGGCGCAUGCGCAGCGGUUGGCUACUCCUAUGCGAGGUUCGAGGGUCCGGUGGCGGGGCCGGAGCACCUGGUCACCGUCCACGACGGACGCACCGUCGACUAUGUGGCCCGUCCCGAGUACAGCUUCGCCUAUGGCGUCGAGGAUGGCAAGACGCGCGUGCUGCAGAACCGCAAGGAGACGCGGAACGGCGACGAGGUGCGCGGCGUCUACAGCGUAGUCGAUCCGGAUGGCACCUUGCGUGUGGUUAAAUACACGGCCGACGACGCCAACGGCUUUCAGGCUGAGGUUAUUACGAACGGUGUGAAAACGCUGCACGGCCAUGGACACGAGGCGGAUGCGGGUGGCGGAGCGGUGGACAACCAGGUGAGGCACGACAGCUCCGAGGCCCAAGGGGCGGAGGAGGCGGACGAGGAGGAGGAGACGCCUCACAGGGCUGCACCCCACCAGGGAAAUGGCCAGUACAAGGUGCACGAGGACUACGACGAGCAUGAGGGCAAGGGGGAGAAGGACGAGGAGGGGGAGGAGGACGAGGGAGACCACCAGGAGUACGAGGGCAGCAGCGAGGAGGGAUACGUGGAGGCAGACGCUCACAGUCAGCAUGAGGAGGCCAGCAGCGAGGACUACUAG